AUGCUGCGGUCUCUCCGAGGAUUGUUUAGGGCACUGAGGGACUUCGGGAAGCCGGAACUGGAAGAACUCGAGAAGCAUGCUUUGGAGCUCAAGCAGCAGCUGCAAGAUCUGAAGGAGUUCAAACGUGCCCGUGAAGAAUGGUCUGAGAAUGCAACAAAGCAGCUCAUCAGGGGAGCGCUGGAGGCGCACAGGGCCAUCGAAGCCAAGAGAGAGCUCCGAGAGAUGCAGAUGCGUGAGGUGUUCAGCAAACUUGAGAGCGAGGUGACUGAGGAGAUCGUGCACAAGGCGUCACAGCUGACUGCUGAGGAAAUGGAGAAACUAUUGAAGGAAGCGCUCAGUCCUGCAUCCCUGGAUAGGAAGAUUGAUGAGGCUCUGAGCGCCACCAAGAAUGAAGCGUGUGAGUCGAAGGUGUCAGUACCAUCGCCAGACCCAGAUGCGGCAAACAGCAAGGCGGCACCAGACAUACCAACGGGGGGCAGCUGA